AUGAGAGCAAAACUGGAUGAAAAAUUUGGUGUCGAUGGCCUUUUGAUAUCUGAAUCUGCCCCUGUAGAUGAACAGUGGAGUGCAUACGCUAGCAGACUGCGUGGCUGUGCUUCAGAAGUCUUGGGAAAGCCUCAGAAGAAGCACCAGGACUGGUUUGACGACUCAGAUCCAGAGAUCAGAAAGCUAAUUAAUGAUUUCAGAACCUCUCUUUGCACCCCUGAUGAUAACAAGCGUAGAGCAGCGCAUUACAAUCUGAAAGUGAAGAGGGGCGCGAAGAGGGGCGCGAAGAGGGGCGCGAAGAGGGGCGCGAAGAGGGGCGCGAAGAGGGGCGCGAAGAGGGGCGCGAAGAGGGGCGCGAAGAGGGGCGCGAAGAGGGGCGCGAAGAGGGGCGCGAAGAGGGGCGCGAAGAGGGGCGCGAAGAGGGGCGCGAAGAGGGGCGCGAAGAGGGGCGCGAAGAGGGGCGCGAAGAGGGGCGCGAAGAGGGGCGCGAAGAGGGGCGCGAAGAGGGGCGCGAAGAGGGGCGCGAAGAGGGGCGCGAAGAGGGGCGCGAAGAGGGGCGCGAAGAGGGGCGCGAAGAGGGGCGCGAAGAGGGGCGCGAAGAGGGGCGCGAAGAGGGGCGCGAAGAGGGGCGCGAAGAGGGGCGCGAAGAGGGGCGCGAAGAGGGGCGCGAAGAGGGGCGCGAAGAGGGGCGCGAAGAGGGGCGCGAAGAGGGGCGCGAAGAGGGGCGCGAAGAGGGGCGCGAAGAGGGGCGCGAAGAGGGGCGCGAAGAGGGGCGCGAAGAGGGGCGCGAAGAGGGGCGCGAAGAGGGGCGCGAAGAGGGGCGCGAAGAGGGGCGCGAAGAGGGGCGCGAAGAGGGGCGCGAAGAGGGGCGCGAAGAGGGGCGCGAAGAGGGGCGCGAAGAGGGGCGCGAAGAGGGGCGCGAAGAGGGGCGCGAAGAGGGGCGCGAAGAGGGGCGCGAAGAGGGGCGCGAAGAGGGGCGCGAAGAGGGGCGCGAAGAGGGGCGCGAAGAGGGGCGCGAAGAGGGGCGCGAAGAGGGGCGCGAAGAGGGGCGCGAAGAGGGGCGCGAAGAGGGGCGCGAAGAGGGGCGCGAAGAGGGGCGCGAAGAGGGGCGCGAAGAGGGGCGCGAAGAGGGGCGCGAAGAGGGGCGCGAAGAGGGGCGCGAAGAGGGGCGCGAAGAGGGGCGCGAAGAGGGGCGCGAAGAGGGGCGCGAAGAGGGGCGCGAAGAGGGGCGCGAAGAGGGGCGCGAAGAGGGGCGCGAAGAGGGGCGCGAAGAGGGGCGCGAAGAGGGGCGCGAAGAGGGGCGCGAAGAGGGGCGCGAAGAGGGGCGCGAAGAGGGGCGCGAAGAGGGGCGCGAAGAGGGGCGCGAAGAGGGGCGCGAAGAGGGGCGCGAAGAGGGGCGCGAAGAGGGGCGCGAAGAGGGGCGCGAAGAGGGGCGCGAAGAGGGGCGCGAAGAGGGGCGCGAAGAGGGGCGCGAAGAGGGGCGCGAAGAGGGGCGCGAAGAGGGGCGCGAAGAGGGGCGCGAAGAGGGGCGCGAAGAGGGGCGCGAAGAGGGGCGCGAAGAGGGGCGCGAAGAGGGGCGCGAAGAGGGGGCGCGAAGAGGGGCGCGAAGAGGGGCGCGAAGAGGGGCGCGAAGAGGGGCGCGAAGAGGGGCGCGAAGAGGGGCGCGAAGAGGGGCGCGAAGAGGGGCGCGAAGAGGGGCGCGAAGAGGGGCGCGAAGAGGGGCGCGAAGAGGGGCGCGAAGAGGGGCGCGAAGAGGGGCGCGAAGAGGGGCGCGAAGAGGGGCGCGAAGAGGGGCGCGAAGAGGGGCGCGAAGAGGGGCGCGAAGAGGGGCGCGAAGAGGGGCGCGAAGAGGGGCGCGAAGAGGGGCGCGAAGAGGGGCGCGAAGAGGGGCGCGAAGAGGGGCGCGAAGAGGGGCGCGAAGAGGGGCGCGAAGAGGGGCGCGAAGAGGGGCGCGAAGAGGGGCGCGAAGAGGGGCGCGAAGAGGGGCGCGAAGAGGGGCGCGAAGAGGGGCGCGAAGAGGGGCGCGAAGAGGGGCGCGAAGAGGGGCGCGAAGAGGGGCGCGAAGAGGGGCGCGAAGAGGGGCGCGAAGAGGGGCGCGAAGAGGGGCGCGAAGAGGGGCGCGAAGAGGGGCGCGAAGAGGGGCGCGAAGAGGGGCGCGAAGAGGGGCGCGAAGAGGGGCGCGAAGAGGGGCGCGAAGAGGGGCGCGAAGAGGGGCGCGAAGAGGGGCGCGAAGAGGGGCGCGAAGAGAGGGGGACGCCGUACACUUCGCGCAUGGAAUGCGCCAACCGGCCGCCACGUUUGCUUCACGUGGGCCGUGGCUGCUCCACUAAACACGCACAGGGCGCGCGCUGCAGCGAGGCAGCCCACGCUAGUCAGCCACGUGAGCCGGACGCCGCCGCGCUGCCCGCUGCCUGA